GGGGCCUACCUAGAUAGGUAGGUUGAGUUGUGCCUUUCUGUACUGGGAUUGGAAAUCUUAGUCAUCCCGUCAACCUCUCCAAGCUGAACUCUGAGUGGUCCAAUAGAACGUCCGUCCUAGAUUUUCCGACAGUGGUCAUUGUGCUCACGAGCAUCCGACGUCCAUCUUGAAUUCGCGUGACGUCUUUCUCACCCACUCACUCGUCAAUUGAGCGCACAAUGGCUUCACGAGUGGUGUUCUCGCGGCGCUCCCUGGCACCGCUGGCGGCCAUGGCCCUCGGCGGCAUGGCACUGGCUCCGGCUACUGUUUUCGCCGAAGGUCCCAGCGACCUCAAGCGAAAACCCAUCUACGACGAUUACGAUAUCCCGACAGCAAAUCCCGCACCUGUAACACCACCACCCGUUGCUGCGACACCCGUUGAGCCGGUCGACGAUGAGGAGAGGCAUCACUCGCCUACUCCCACUGAGCGGCUGGCCGUCCAUAUUGGUAGAGGUCGCCUGGCGCUGUACAAGUACGCAGUAGCUGCUGAGAACAAGGUCAACGAGACCAUGGAUUCAGCCUUCAAUCUCGAGCAAUCUUUCACCAGUACCAUCGCUUCACUGGCUCCCUCCCGUGAAAGCGGCGAGAAACUUAUGCCCGGUGCCAUUUACGUUCUGGUCGCUGCUAUGGCCGGUAGUAUCAUUACUCGCAAUCGCAGCAUUAUCCUCCGCGCUUCGCUCCCCCUCGCCCUGGGUAUCGGCGCUGGCUGGACCGUUCUCCCUGUCACCAUGCGCAACAUCUCCGACCUGACCUGGAAGUACGAGCAGAGGUUCCCUGUUAUCGCCGAGUCUCACAUCCGACUGCGCGAGAGUAUCGUCAACAGCGUCAGCUUUGCCAAGGCACAUAGCCAGGUCGGUGUCCGUUAUGUCGAUGAAAAAGUGACAGAUGCACGAGAGGCUGUUGAGGGCUGGGUCCAGAAGGGCAAAUAAAGGAUUUCGAAAAGCGAGAUGAAAUGAGAUGUACUAUUAAAUAGAGUUCCCAAAAACUGUUCAUUUGUAUCAUUGGCCGGUCCUUAGCGCCAGCUACAAAUAUCUGUAUGUAUUUUGAAUAGGCUGGGCUUCCUUUCCUUUUUUAUUCAUGAAAAAGAAAAUAUUCCUUGCCACCGUUUCUCUACUAUUCCUUUAUGAUCUAAUGAUGCGGUAGCUUUCUAUGUGUUCUGCUCCCACGCUAUGGUCCUCUGAGCCUGUGUCCUUAACUCCAAGUAAUGCGAACCCAAAGUUUCUAACUCAACCCCGUUGCAACUGGUGCGGGUUCAGAUGUCUUCACCUGCUUCAAGGGUCUGUUAUCAGACAUUCUCCGCUUACGCUUCUGUUCGUUUUCUCUUUCUGACUUCCCUGGCAGUGAAUCAGCCUGUGCAUUGGCCCUCUUUGCAGCCUUCUUUGCGGCCUUCUCGGCAGCUUUCCCCUGCAGAGGCUGAUCCAGCCCUCGCUUGCUAUCUAUAAUGCGAGCGGAUUCGAGGUGUUUUCCAAGGGACAGCGCCUCGCAGAGGCUCUUAUAAUUCUUGGACUGGUUCAUUGGUUGGUAAGAUUUUGACUUUCCAGGGACCAUGUUUGAGAGCAGGAACUUGGUGUUGCCGAACCGGUUGUCAACAUCGAUCGCAGUCUUCACAUAAUGAUCGACAACUUCUUCCCAGGAUGCCAGCCCGCCAUCUGCUACACUCCUGAAGCAGCUUGGGUUCUUUUCAGCCGCGACUGCAAUCAUCGCACCGUCCGCACCGAACUCUUUGGCGAGCUGGAGACCUUUGGUCCCUAUUCUCAACGUCGCCAUUCAUCAAGCAGGCAACACCAUACUCAUGGCAGACUUCUGCAAUCAUACGUAGCUGCCCUCUAAUAGCCCGCUCUCUGGGUCUCAUAGGUGUCGUCCGGCAAUGGAUAGUUAGUCCUGUAAUGCCUGUCGCACAAAGACGGCGAACGAGUGCCUCUGUUUCCGCUGCGGUGUCGAGGAGUCGGAUCUUAACGCUGAUUCCAAUCUCAAAUUCAGGGGUAAUAUUCUUAACGAGAGCUUCAAGAAUAGCGCAUAGUUUAUCUGGAGUCUUGAGAAGGGCGGCACCCAUCCCUCCGCUAGUGCUGAAGGGCUUUGGGCAACCAGCGUUGACAUCGAUGCCGGCAACAUCUGCGGCCACCAGCCUAGCGGCUGCUACUGCACGAUCGGGAUCCGAUGUACCGAUUUGGAAGAUAAGCUUGUCUUUUUCAACCUCUGGCAGCAUUCUGUAGAUAAUGCUCUCCUUGGCAUCCGGAGGAGGGUCCUUCUGGCCAUGGGAUGAGAGACGAUACCACUCUAUCGUUCUUGAGUCUUCAUCAAAUCGACGAGAAGUUCCAAUCAUAGAGUAAUCCACAGUUUCAGGACCUGUCGAUUGAAGUUAGAAAUGAUAUCUUGACAUAUUUUUGCUAUGCCUCUCACCCCAGACAAGAUCCGCGCCAUACUUGAGAGCCAAAAGUCUUGAUGGAAGCUCUCCUGAGCGAACCAUGGGCGCAAGGACAACCUUGCCACGGUAAUCUACACCCCGUCGGGGAAUGGGUACUCGCUUGACUUCUGUAGCCAUGGUUCGUCGAAUUAUCUGCGUGAGCAUGCCUGGUUGGCAACUGUUUACAUCCUUCUGCCACUUGGGACAGUGAUAGGUAGCCUGUAUAAAUUCUUCGCAGAAUCCGAAUGGAGGCGAUUGUUGUUAGUCAUCGAUAAGAUUUGUUAUCGAUAAGAUCGCUUAACCUACCUAUCCCUGGGGGCAUACUAGGUAGGGACGUACAAGAUAAGGCUUAACCUAAACCUAGGGCUGAUGAGAACGAUAUUCCAAAUAACAAGAUGCUUUGGCAGACUGAAAUAUGUGAUGCCUAUGUUACUGAGACAUGCAGAUGUUAGAUAUUGCCGUAUUCAACCGUGAAGCACGGGGCAACGAUGUAACAGUACAGGGAAUUUGAUAUGUGUGUCUAUCAGAUUUAUAUGGACGGUGGACCGUCGCAUACAAGGUCACGCAUUCAGACUUAUCUCUUCAAGUAUUUGAUAAGAGUUUAGUUUAGUAUAAAUAUAG